UCACUGCGCAUGUUACAGAAACCUUGAUAGCAACCAUUCCUAACUGGACCUGUUUCAAACGAGAUUGAAGAACGACAUCAUGACAACUUACAGGGGAGCUGACAGCAAGAGAGAAGAGUUCAGAAAAUACUUAGAGAAAGCAGGUGUAUUAGAUGCCUUAACAAAAGUUUUGGUUGGGUUGUAUGAAGAACCAGAAAAGCCAAAUAAUGCAUUGGACUUUUUAAAACAGCAUCUAGGAGCUUCAGGUCCAGAAACAGCCGAUGUGGAGGCCUUAAAAUUAGAAGUAACAGAACUUAGACAGAAAAUAGAACAGUUGACAGAGGAAAACAAUGAAUUAAAAACAAAGGUACAACAGUAUGAGCCAGAAGGACAAGAAGCUCAAUGAAGA